GGCUGUUAUCCAUGGCAAACUCCGGCCCCAACACCAACGGCUCCCAGUUCUUCAUCACCUGCGACAAAACGGACUGGCUGGACGGGAAGCACGUGGUGUUCGGGGAGGUGACGGAGGGCAUGGACGUGGUGCGGCAGAUCGAGGCCCAGGGCACCAAAGACGGGAAACCGAAGCAGAAGGUGAUUAUUUCGGACUGCGGGGAGUGCCCGUGA